GUUCGCAAUAGUCGUCAAGUGUCGUUACCCAUUGAUGUAUGUAUAAAUGCAAUAUCGUAUUGUACAGACUUUGUCCAUCCCAUCCAUCCCUCGAAAACCCUGCCUGGUAGAAAAACCCAAAACCCAAAAACCAAACGACGGCCAGCGAUGGCCAGUGGUAUCAUAAUCUUCGUCAAUGCAAUUUUUGGCCAUCUUCUUCUUCACUCUGCCCUUUUGUCGGUGUCCCUCCCUCGUCUCCUCCCUCGUCUCCUCGAAAAAAAUAUGUCUCCAUAAAGCGCGGCCCAAAGCCCACCUGCAUGAUGCCACGUCAAAUAUCCCCUGUAGCUGCAGCAAAAGGGCAGCAAAAAAUAGGCAUAAGAAGAGGAAAAAAAAAAAAAGGUCCCCCAUAGACAUGGACCCCUCCUCGGCUAGGAACAACGCCGCAGCCGCCGUGCUAUCCCCACACACCGCUUUCUGCUCCCCAAACCCAGCCACCUCACCGGACGAACCAUCCGCGGCGGGGAUCGCUUGUGCGCUUGCAUCAGGGCCUGGCAGAGAGAGACAGGCAAGGUGCAGUGCACACGCGAUACUCUGAAGUCUGUACCCUAUCCGUACGUCGGGUUUCAACUGUAACCGUACUGGAUCCCAAGUC